GAAAAAAAAAUUGGUAAAAUGUUGAGUGCGUGAUGGCGUAAUGGUAACAAACUGAAGAAGAGAUUUGAGGGAAUGUUUUGUAGAAAGAGCUAAAAUCUCCAUAUUAACAAAGAAGAAGACGAAGAAGAAGAAGGGAAUGUUUUGGAUAUUUACUUAAGGUUCUUAAGAGGACAAAAAAUGUGGAAGAAUAUAUGCAGCUUUUUUAGGCGUCACAGAAGAAAAUUCCUUGUAACUGGAGGUGUAAUUGGAGCUUUAUUUUUUAUUCAGAGAUAUGUAGGAUUUAAAUUAAAUGAGUGGGAAACAAAGCAAACUAGGCAACUUUUUGAUAAAAUGAAACGGGAUCACCAUUUUAAAGGUACUAUUCAAACUUGUGAUUCAACCAUUUUGUCCAUGGUAUGCAAGGUUCGUGAAAGAGUGUUAAGUUUAUUUAAUUCUGAAGCAUUAAUUGAGCAUUUGAAAACUGGACCUCCAAAUAAAGUUGAAAUAUGGGACAAUUUGAAAAUUUUGAUUUUCUCAGAAAUAAUUGCUGAAUUAUAUUGUGAAUGUUUGUUUACUGUAGUUUUAAGAAUUCAACUUUGCGUAAUUGGAGGUUAUAUGUAUAAUGAUUUAGAAAAUGAGAAAAAUUCUUUGAAAGUUAAUAAAAUCAUUGCCUCACCAGAAAUUCAACAAAAGUAUCUUUCUCAUGUCAAUUAUUUUCUUAAUGCUGGAAUAAAAGAAUUGACCAUUCCAAUAAAAAACAUAGUAGAAUCUGCAAUUGGGAACAUCAGCUUAAAGCAUACCUUGUUGUUAAAAGAUUUUGAAAUCAUAUUGGAUAGUAUCAGAAAUAGUGUUUGUUCUGAACAAGAAUUCAUUCCUGCUACUAUUUAUUAUGUAUUAUCAAUGGAUGUGUACAAUAGUCCUAAUUUAGAGUUGCUGUCAAGUAAUGAUUCGAUUAUUGCUCAGAUGACUAAUGAAACCAAGGAUGUACUUGAAAGUGCAGAUUUUUCUCGAGUAAUGUCACAUUGUCUGGAACAAGGAUUUGCAAAAUUAAUGGAUCGUCUAACUGAAUGUUAUAUUCACUUAAACUGUGAUGGGUUUAAGAAUCCAGACAGUAUAGCUAUUCCGUUGGCUAAAGUACUACCUGGAAUUCGUCAAGUAAUGCAGAAACACAAACCUAAUGAACAGGACUCUCUUACGACAUCACUUUUAUAUUUUGAAGAAUUGACAAAUUUUUCUGCUAAUAUUUAUGAAACAUUUUCUCAUUCUCCAAUUGAAAUAAAAUAAUAUUUUAAAAUUCAAUAAUACAAGAAAGUGCCUUGAACACAGUCGUGUAAAAAAGAAUAAAUUUUCUUUAUGUUCAGCUGUUUCAAUAUAUGUAUUUUAUGUUAGUAAAUAAAUAAGAGCAGAGUGUCAAUUUCCCAAACAGACUGGGAACUGUUUCUUUCUAGUAAUAAUAAUUUAAUGAAAUUUUAUUUUUGAGAAAGUAAAUUUGGUAUUGUCUCUUACUUUUUGAGAUGUAAUAGAUAGUAACGGUAUCUUAAAUAACACAAAUAUUAAAUAAUUAAGAACAUAAUUAUAAAAUUAAGUUCCUACUUCAUUCAAAUACAUUAAAAAUACUGAAAUGUUGGAGUAAAAUAUUGGUAUAAUAUUAAAUUCCAGUUAAAUGUUUUCUUUGUACUGCAGUAAAUAACAUUAUAAAUAAUUCCCAAUAAUGGAAGAAAAAAUAUGUUGGCAGGCACUUUGUGUUAAAGAUUCUGUUUAUAAAAGCUUUAGUUUCUGGACAUGAUUCUGGAUAUAAACAGAAUAUAUUUGCAUCUAUCCAAAGAUAUCUAGAUAGAAACAUUCAGAAAGUUAGCCUAUUUGAAAAUCAUUAAUAUAUUAAGGAUUUAAUGUAAAAUGCAUUGAAAUCGAAUGAAAAUUUAAUGUACAAGUUUUGUGAAAUGAUACUCUGCUAAAAUCUUAAUUGUACAAUAAUUAUGGUACAGUUUUCAUGUUCUACUAUUUGAAUAUAUUGAUAUAAUUGUAUUAUGAUUUUAUAUGAUUUUUGUUAAUGACAAUUUGUAUCUUAUUACAGAAUGGGAAAUUUUUACUGUCAUUAAAAUCCUGUUAAUGUUUGUUGUUAACAUAAUUUUUUAUGACUGCAUUUAUUUUCUGAAUUUGUCAUAUUUUUGUCUUUACAUAUUGUUUUGUUACAAUAGGUUAUUAUAAAAAAAGAAUGAUAUAAUCAAUCAAUCAAAAUCUUAACAUAAAAAGGCA